AUGGCUCCUCGUUCUCCCUCCUUCCUCCUCCUCCUCUUCUUCUUCCUUUCUUCCUCCACCAUUCUCCAUGUCCACCCCCAACAACCCUACGAGGGCCUCGCCACGACAGACUGCGAAAACCCGCACAAUUCGACCUCCCUCCUCGGCUACUUCUGCGCUCCUCGCUCCCCAUCUUGCUCCACCUACCUCACCUUCCGCGCCCUCCCCCCCUACGACUCCGUCGCCGCCGUCUCAUCCCUCCUUGCCGCCAACCCCUCCCUCCUCUCCCAAUCCAAUUCCCUCCCCAGCGCCUCCUCCGCGUUCCCCAUUGGCGCCAAACUCUCCGUCCCUGUCGCCUGCUCCUGCUCCGACGGCUACUACCAGUCCGACGCGCCUUACACCGUGAAAGGCGGCGACACCGCUUUCUUGAUUGCCAACAACACUUUUCAGGCGCUGUCGACGUGCCAGGCCAUUACAGCUCGAAAUCUAAACAACAUUUCCUCCACCGGGUUCGUGUUAUCCGGAGCGAAUAUCACCGUCCCGCUGCGAUGCGCUUGCCCUUCCAGCAAUCAGACCCGCAAUGGCGUGAAGUAUUUGAUGAGUUAUUUGGUCGAUCCCGGCGAUACCAUUUACAUCAUCAGCCGAAUGUUUGGGGUGCAGCAGCAGAGCAUCUUGGAUGCUAAUGCGUUGUCGAAUUCUAAUAAUAUCUAUCCCUUCACCACUCUCCUCAUUCCUCUCAGUAAUCCGCCCAACGCGUCUCAGCUCAUAAGCGCUUCACCGCCCCCGCCGCCCCUGACCGCUGCGUCUCCCCCCACGCACAAGAGCUCGAAGCGCGGUUGGAUUUUUGCAGUGGCUGGAGUUGCAGCAGCUGCUCUUGUUGUAGCAGCAGCUGCACCACUGGUUCUUGCUAUUCUGAAGGCCAGCAAGAAGAGAACUUACGGAGGUAUCCGCGCAGACGAAUCCAAGAUCAAUUACAAAGACGAUCGGGGAAGUACGCCGCCAGCGAUCGUAACUGCGGACAACGCUGAUUCGUCCAGCGACAUUCGAUCCCGCAUUUCCGGCAUCAGGCCUUCUCUUAAGAUCUACAAGUUCAGAGAUCUGAAGACCGCCACGGAGAACUUCAGCUCGGAGCGCCAGAUCGACGGGGGGUCGUCGUAUCGUGCCGUGCUCGACGGGGAGGCCGUCGCCGUCCGAAAGGUGGACGGAGACGUGACUGCGCAGAUCAGCGUACUCAAACAGAUCAGUCACUUCAACUUGAACAAGCUUCAUGGCCUGUGCUUCAACAAAGGCUACUGGUACCUUGUGCAUGAACAGGCCCAAAACGGGCGUCUGAGCAAAUGGCUAUUCAAAUCAAGUGAUGGUUUCUCUGCGGCCCUGAACUGGCGCCGACGAGUGCUCGUGGCUUUAGAUGUCGCCGAGGGGCUCCACUACCUGCACAGCUUCUGUAAACCCGCGUACGUGCACAUGGAUAUCUGCUGCACUAACAUUCUUCUGGACUCGAAUUUUCGCGCUAAGAUUUCGAAUUUCAGCCGCGCAAGACCAGCGCAAGAGGAGGAAGGAGAUUUCGCGCUGACGACGCACAUCGUGGGGAAGAGCAGUCACAUGGCCCCAGAGUACAUUGAGCACGGAUUGGUAUCCCCCAAAAUCGAUGUUUACGCAUUUGGCGUUGUUCUAAUGGAGAUGAUCACGGGGAGGGAGGCUUCUGAAGUAGGAAGGGAUGCUGUAACUGAACUGCUCAGAGGAGGAGAAACCGUCGCGGGGGAGGAGAUAAAGGGAUUCAUAGAUCAAUCACUGGAAUGGAAUUAUACUGUGGAUUCAGCGAUGUUUAUGGUUGAAUUGAUUGAGAAAUGCUUACGGCGGGACGCGCGGAGUAGGCCGAGUAUGGGAGAAGUUGCUCAGUCUCUGUCGAAAGUAUCUGCAAUGUUAGAGAGCUGGAACAGCUCGUCAGAUUCUCAAAGCUUCAGCAGUGGGAGGGAAUCGCUUGCGAGGUGAAUCCUGUGACGUGCGAAAUUAAAUGUACCAAAAAUUGUAUUCUUUUGUAUCGUGUAAUCAAAAACGGAUAAACUGAU